UUCAUCGCCAUAACGUUGUAAAUUUCAUUAAAUUGAGGAGAUAUAUGAGAUCAUAACCUAAAAUAAGGGCACAGCUCUUCUCUUACGUCUGGUUCUGAAAAUAGAAGGAAAGCAUGAAUAUGGAAAAGGGCUACGGUUGAAGACAGUAUAAACAUUAACUGCUAUUGGGUAAAUUGAAGUUGUGUGAGGUGUUUGAGAGAGCAUGGCUUCUCUGUUGUUCAGCUGCUGCACGCUGCUUCUUUGGGGGGUGGGGGGGAGGUUGGCCGCCGGAGAAGUCGCCGGAGAAGCGCAGGCUCCGGCGGUGUUCGUGUUCGGAGAUUCAUUAGUCGACCCGGGAAAUAAUAAUGAGCUGUUAACGCUGGCCAGAGCUGAUUAUAGGCCGCAUGGGAUAGAUUUUCCUGAGGGGACGACGGGGAGGUUCUGCAAUGGCAGAACAGUCGUUGAUCAUUUGGGUCAUCUCCUGGGACUACCUCUCAUUCCUCCAUUCAACAAUCCAGCCACACAUGGCUCCACCAUAAUUCAUGGAGUCAACUAUGGUUCUGCAGCCUCCGGAAUUCUCAAUGACACUGGAGAACUGUUUGGAAUUCGCAUCCCAAUGGAUCAACAGCUACAGAACUUCAAAUCAACAAUUGAAGAACUAAGCGCAAUGCUUCAGAACAAGACCCAACUACACAUUAGAAAAUCUAUCUUCAUCGUAGCCAUAGGAAGCAACGACUACAUCAACAACUAUCUCUUACCACUCACGAACAAACGCUUCAUAUACACCCCCGAAGCUUUCGGCAAUCUACUCAUCCAACAGUUUGGAAGACAGCUCCAGGAUCUUUACACUCUCGGAGCGAGAAAAUUCUUGAUAGCCAACAUCAGCCCAAUCGGCUGCAUACCAAACCAGUUGGCAUGGCAGGGCGGCGAUACAGGAGAGUGUGUUGAAUCAACAAACCAUCUAGCAUCUCAAUAUAACACAAAGCUUAAGAAAAUGGUUGAUCAGUACAACAAACAACUCCGGGAAUCAAUAUUUCUCUAUUGGGAUACAUACUCUUUUGCCUUAAAUGUCAUAAAAAACUAUGCCAGCUAUGGUUUCAAGUACCAAAAAACGGCCUGUUGCGGUGGCGGGCGAUGGAAUGGUCAGAUCAUAUGUUUAUCAGUUAUGUCGCCGUGCCAAAACCGGUCGGAGUAUGUGUUUUGGGAUCCUUAUCAUCCGACAGAUGCUUUCAAUGCUAUUGCAUCCAGGGAAGCUUACCAGGGAAAUUUGCAGGAUUCAUUUCCGAGGAAUGUUAAGCAGCUUGUUGAAGGGUAGGAGUGUUACAAAGAAAGUUUAAAGGGUUCAAAUUGUCAAAUUUAUAAAGUUCUGGAACUUUUUUUCUUGCUUCUAAUUGAUAGCUAAACAAGCUUUGUCGCCAUUGAUCCAACUGUUAAUUAUUUGUGAAUGGGAUGCAGGACUAGUAAAACUAUAUUUUGUAGAAAAA